CAACUGAAACGGGGCGCCAGACACCACAGCAGGUCCUAAACCUAACAGUGGGACAGCAGGACACCAGGACAGCCAGCCAGACAGCACGAUGGCAUUGAGCACGCGGAUCCAGGCUGCCUGCCUCCUGUCCCUCCUCCUGGCAAGCCUGGCCAGUGGCUCAGUUUUUCCGCACCAGACAGGACAGCUCGCAGCCCUGCAAGCCCAGGACGCAGCCGGAGCCGAGGCUGGCUUGAUGCCUGCUCUCCCGAGGCUGAGGAGGCGAGACACCCACUUCCCCAUCUGCCUGUUCUGCUGCGGCUGCUGCAAUAAAUCAAAGUGUGGGAUAUGCUGCAAGACAUAGAGCCUCACCGGCCGGACCCCCAGACCCCCCCCACCCCUCUGUAUUUAUUCCUGCCUCACCCUCCACCCCUCCGUGACCGGACUUGGAAUAAAAUGGUUCUGUCUGUUGUUUUCCAUA